AUCGCGGGUGAGCGCAUAGGUGGGAUCUGGGACAAUGAGUGCGUAACGCCGGAAGAGUCAAAACAAGUAAAAAAAAAAAAAAGAGAGCCUCUGUUGUACUGCUUAUUGAGUUUUGAAUAGAUAAGAUGACUAUGCGAGUUAGACCCGGCUAUCACCGCCUGGAAAUCAACAAAACAUUAUGGGAAGUUCCGGAGCGGUACCGGGAUCUGAAGCAGGUGGGGACCGGAGCGUACGGGACGGUAUGCUCUGCAUUGGACUCCAGAACAGGAGCCAAGGUGGCAAUCAAGAAGCUCUACAGACCGUUCCAGUCUGACAUCUUUGCAAAACGGGCCUACAGGGAGCUGAGGCUUCUCAAGCACAUGAAACAUGAAAAUGUGAUUGGCCUGUUAGAUGUGUUUACAGCUGACCUCUCUUUGGACAGAUUUCGGGAUUUUUAUCUUGUGAUGCCGUUCAUGGGGACGGAUCUGGGGAAGCUGAUGAAGCUGCAGACGCUCUCAGAAGAAAAAAUUCAGUAUUUGGUUUAUCAGAUGCUUAAAGGGCUUAAGUAUAUCCAUUCUGCUGGUAUCAUUCACAGGGACCUCAAACCAGGAAAUCUUGCUAUCAACCAAGACUGCGAGCUCAAGAUCUUGGACUUUGGUUUAGCGAGGCAGGCAGACAGCGAGAUGACGGGGUACGUAGUAACUCGCUGGUACAGAGCCCCAGAGGUGAUCCUGAACUGGAUGCACUACACUCAGACGGUGGACAUCUGGUCAGUGGGCUGCAUCAUGGCAGAGAUGUUGAAAGGAAAACCUCUUUUUCGAGGCAGCGACCACCUGGAUCAGCUGACUGAGAUCAUGAAGUUCACAGGAACACCAUCACAGGAAUUUAUAUCAAAGUUAGAAUCUGAGGAUGCAAAAACCUACCUCAAAGGUCUUACAAAAAUGGAAAAAAAAGACAUUCAGAAGGUGUUUUCCACAACUAAUCCACAAGCCGUGUCCGUGCUGGAGCGCAUGUUAUUGCUGGAUCCAGAAAAACGGGUAACUGCCGCAGAAGCUCUCACGUUGCCUUACUUCACUGAAUUUAGAGACCCAGAGGAGGAGACGGAAGCACAGCCAUAUGAUCACUCACUAGACAACGCAGAGCUGACUUUGGACCAGUGGAAACGUCACACCUUCACAGAGAUCUUGACCUUCAAGCCUGUAAAGCAGGAAUCCAAGGAAACCUCAUUGUAAGGUACAAAGAGCUGCCAGCGCAACCUGGGACCAGAACAAACUAAUGCAUCUAUUCAUGGCCAUCACAACUGGAACAACUCAGCUUAAUGAAUGUAAACUGAUCCUAGUUUUUUAAGUGCAAGCUGUUGUGGGAUUUUUCAUGACAGUUCAGACCUAAAGUAGACACUUUGUUUGUUCUAAAAUAAUAGAUGCUUCAAUAAAGUACAAAGUCUCAGCUUCAAA